AUGCGCUGGCCAGAGGAACACAUUUUUGUCUGCUGUCUGCUUUUAUUUGCAGCCACUUCAGUGGUGCAGACCCAAUCUGAAAAGGCGCCCAGUUAUUUGCUUUACACGCGACGCAAUCAGCAAUCCCCGCAACGUAUUGAGGCGGAGGUGGAGUCGUUGGUGCGCAGUUCAUUUUUUGCCUUGGAGCCCAUUGUGCUAUCCAUACCAAGAUGGCAGGGCGGCGACAGCUCUGCUUUGGAGCAUACAACUGUGGUGACUUCGCAGCUAUCCCUGCGUGCUUGCAAUGUAUUCGCUGUGGACCUAAACAAUGUCACCGAUGAGCAGCUUAUAGUUGAGAGCCUAAGCCGAUUGAUUUUGUUGUUGCAACAACAUUUCGAUGUGCCACUGCGAGAUUUUUUGCUCGUGGGCUUCGAUGCGGGCGCCCAUUUGGCCGGCGCUGUGGGUCAGCUGGUGGGGCAGGAACUCAAUCAACAGCUGCCACACAUUACAGCCUUGGAUCCCAGCGCCAUCGGGCACUUGAAACACGAACUAAGUGCAGCCGAUGCAGCGUUUGUGGAAGUCAUACACACCAAUGGAGAGAACUUGGGCACGUUGCAACGCCUUGGCCACAUAGACUACUAUCCAAAUGGUGGACAAAUCCAGCCAGGCUGUGGAGCUGAGGCAGCCAGCUGUGCUCAUGAACGCGCUCUGCUGUUGGCACUGGAGAUGUGGUCACCGGAAAAUGACUUUAUCUGUGCACUGUGCAGCAGCGUUGAGAAACUGAGUGGCUCGGCUUGCCGCUGGAGCACGUUGCGCAUGGGAGCUCCCGAGACUGGCAAGGACCAAGAGGGAAUUUACUUUUUGGAGACGCAAAGUGCGGCCCCCUAUAGCAAGGGUGCCUAUUAUAUAAGCUUUCUGUAAGGCGCGACACCAACAUGAAUAAAGGCGAUAAACAAAACAAAA